AGAGCUUCAGUCGUUGCCACGCCAUCGUUAUUGGCCACGCCACGCCAUGCAAUUAUUUUACCAUCCUAAAUAAUCAUUUCCAGGACUCCUCGGUGGAUUAUUAUCAGAGUUGUUUGUCAGUCUUGCGAGUUAUAAUUGCUGACGGAGGACGGAGCUAGACACCGCCCUGACCCGCUUCGAGUCUGCCGGACCCGGAUUGCAUAUUCUUUCUAGGUUUCGGACAGGUGCCAGACCCCCCGCGCGCUGACGGGGGGAAGCCGCGCGCAUUACGGGAAUAUCUUUUUUUUUUGGACGGGGUGUAGGGGAAUCGAAAUAGUUUUAUUUGGCCCAAUCUGGACGGAUAGCUGCACAUUCUGGAGGACCCCCCCCCCCGUUCAAAUUCCGCAGACUGAUGCUCGGAUAUUUGAAACGUAAUUUGCACUCAAGGACACCCUGCGCAUCGGUGGGUGUAGUUUCUUAUUUGGGGUUUAGAGCGAUCACGCGCGAUAUAUAUUAACGUUAAUGUGUGUUUUUAAAUGGGAAUUGAGAUGCGCAUCCUCCACCCGCCCCCAUCGUUUGUGGAUGUGCACUUGAACGCUUGUCGUGGGUCUGCACAGUGAGGACCACCGGCACCUGGAUGGCCGGUUCGCCCUCUUUUCCUCUCUCUGCUGCCCGAAUGCGCGCACGUCUGUGCCGGUAAUUCCGCCUCUCCUGCUGCCACCCAGUCCCAACACACACAAACACACGCACGCACACGCAAACACAGUCCCGUCUAUUCAGCUCCCAGCAAAACUACCAAUAGAGCUUCCUUCUGCUCGUAUGUGCACGGGAAAGGAGUCGCGCGGUAGAGGAGCGCAGGAGUUGGGAUAAGCAGCCGAACCUGAUCACCUUUUUUCUUUUCUUUUUAACGCCUGUCAAGGGGCUUCUCGUUGUGAUUUAAAACUCAUCUGCUAGCUGACGGAGAGGAGGAAGAGGAAGAUAAAGGGAUUCUGGUGAAAAAGACGCAAACUGAGAGGAGAGAAGGUGGAGAGAUCGAUGAAGUUAUCAGGAAUAUCUGAGCUGGCAACCGGAUGACUCAAAGCUCUCCUGCAGGAGGGUGCCCUUGUUGGCUUGUCAUUCUGUUGUAACCCUGAGGCCAGUUAUGUGACCGGAAUGAGAAUUCAACAUAAUAGGAAAGACUCCGAAGGACUUCCUGCAUCCCAGAGAAACUCAGGCGGUCUUGGUAGACUUUGACGGACAGCUCAGACAGUUUGCCAUCAACAAAUUUUGAGGACUCUCAAGGCACGUCUUCAGGGUCCUGAGGUCGUGGACGUGCGACCCAGAGUAUGCGCAGGUGAACCCGGAUGAGCUCCACCUCCGUUUUGUCCCCUGUGAGGAGAGGACGGCUCCCCUGCCCUGAUAGAGAGGCCGCUGCAGAUCGCGUCCGGUCAACACUUCACAUCUCGGCUCGUUGCUAAUUGGCUCCACUUGAUAAAGGAAUACUGAAACCAUCUGAACCAGCAGGAGAGCAGACAUGGACGACGUCUCCUUGCUGGUCCGCCCGCUCCUCCUGCUCUUCCUCCUCCUCUUCGUCCUGUCCUCCCUCCCCUCCGGCUCUGCCAUGCUGUGUCCCAAGAGGUGCACCUGCCAGAACCUGCUGCCGUCCUACACCGUGCUGUGUGCCAAGACGGGCCUCCUCUUCGUCCCGCCCAACAUUGACCGGCAGACUGCCGAGCUCAGGCUGAUGGACAACUUCAUCACAACGCUGAGGCACCGCGACUUCGCCAACAUGUCCAGCCUGAUCCACCUGACGCUGAGCAGAAACACCAUCAGUCAGAUCCGGCCGUAUGCCUUCGCUGACCUCCAGGACCUCCACGCUCUCCACCUGGACGCCAACCGCCUCACCAGCCUGGACGACUCCCACUUCCAGGGCCUGGUGAACCUGCGGCACCUCAUCCUGGCCAACAACCAGCUGCACAGCAUAUCAGAGGGAGCCUUCCAGGACUUCCUGGAGACUCUGGAAGACUUGGAUCUGAGCUACAAUAACAUGGUGGACAUCCCCUGGGACACCAUCUCCCUGCUGGUCAGCGUCAACACCCUCAGCCUCGACCAUAACCUCAUAGAGAGCGUCCCAGAGGGAAUCUUCUCCAACCUGCACAAACUGGCCAGAUUGGACAUGACCUCCAACAAGCUGAAGAAGAUUCCCCCCGACCCGCUGUUCCUGCGGAUCCCGGUAUACGCCAAGAUGAAGGGCUCUCCUCUCACAGCGCUGGUGUUGAGCUUCGGGGGGAACCCCCUGCACUGUAACUGUGAGCUGGUCUGGCUCCGCCGACUGACCAGAGAGGACGACCUGGAGACCUGCGCUUCCCCUAAAGAGCUGGCCGGAAAAUACUUCUGGACUAUUAAAGAGGACGAGUUUGUUUGCGAGCCACCGAUGAUAACUCGCCACACCUCCAAGAUGUUUGUGAUGGAGGGUCAGGAGGUCAGCCUUCGCUGCAAGUCCAUCGGAGAUCCUGAGCCGUCCACGCACUGGGUCAGUCCCGAUGGAAAGCUGAUCGGCAACACCACCAGAACCGUCUGCUACGAGAACGGCUCGCUGGACAUCCUCAAGGCCUCCGUCAAGGAUUCUGGAAAGUUCACGUGCAUAGCGUCCAAUGCGGCCGGGGAGGCCACCGCUCCUGUUGAGUUGGUGGUCAACCCCUCACCACACUUUGACCCAAAACUGGACCCCGACCCCGGGCCUUCGGACAUCCCCACAUCCAUCAAGUCCAACGCCAGCGGUGGUCAGUCGCGCUCCGAUCAGCAGAGGGUCAGCGUGUCGGAUCUAACGUCCGGCUCUGCAACCAUCAGAUGGCCGCCGCAGAACCACAUACCAGGAGUCCGCAUGUACCAGAUCCAGUACAACAGCUCCUCAGACGACAUCCUCAUAUACAGGAUGAUCCCAGCCAACCACAAGUACUUCCUGCUGAGCGACCUAGCGUCAUCGCGGGAGUACGAGCUGUGUGUCCUGGCCGUCUACGAUGACGGCAUCACCGCUCUGACCGGCACCAAGCUGGUGGGCUGCGUGUCCUUCUCCACGGAGACGGAGUACGGCCGCUGCCACUCCAUACGAGACCAGUUCCUGGGAGGUACCAUGAUCAUCAUCAUCGGAGGGAUCAUCGUUGCCUCUGUCCUUGUCUUCAUCUUCAUCCUCCUGAUGAAGUACAAGCUGCACAGUAACCACUACAAGCAGAAAGCCGCCGCGCGCCACGCCAACGUCUGCUCCCAGACCAACGGAGGGGGGGGAGGAGGAGGAGCCAACGCCCUGCCACCAUCCUCCUCCUCGGCAGGCCAGGGUGGAGGCACUAAUAAAAACUCCCAACCAUCAUCGUCCACAGAGGGGAUGGGAGGAGCUUCGCUUCGAGGGACGACCGUAGUAGACUUAAAUCCCACCCACGACGAUGACGUCAUCUCCCAAUAACACACAAGAUUCUGUCAGUCAAAAACACAACUCACCAAUCUCUGAGCCCAAACCAAUACUCCAUCGCCCCGCCCACUUUUUCUUUUCUUCUUUUUGUUGGCGUCUCAAGCCGAACUCCGCUUAACGCCGAGGAGACACUCUUUUCAUUGUGGGUUUCACGGUCACGUCCUUCUAUUGAGCCCCGAUGAUCAGGUAUUCGACCCAGACACACACGCCCAACCCCUCACACCACUUCAGAACCAGAUGGGAUACAAGGAUUGUGUGGGAAGCCGGAGGAGGAAAAGCAGCCUUCCUGACGACAGCAGAAGAGUUCAGCCACCGUUGGAUUCGGGUCUGGCUCCGGGCUUUGAACCCGGCUCGGGAUCGGUGCUUAACUGAAGCUUGGAACCUUGAAUCAGAGGAGUCGGAAGGGAAUAUGUUCUGGAAUCUCUUCUGUUUUUUGAAGGAAGUAUCCAAUGAUCUGAUGGGGCUCUUAUCGGUCUAGCAGGGAUUUUUGGCAUUUGACACUUAAUGUUGCUCUGGGAACACACUGAAGGGAUUUCUGGAUUACUGACCAUACCCUUUAUCACAUUCUUCCAGGAUCUUUUUGCUUGUGGUUUAUUGAUGGUUCGGUGGCACCGCACCUCUCUCUCCCCCCAGCGUACAGUCAAAUGCCAAAGGGUUUCUUCAGUAUCAUGAGAGCAUCACAAGAGAAAUGGGAGAAUAUGCAGACUCCCAAAAGCACACCUCUCUAUUAUCAAAGAGAAUAUUAAUGUUGGGCCUUGGAUUAAAAAUACAAGCACAUUGUCAAGUGUCUUGUCUCAAACCAUCAACAACAAACUGUCAAACUACCGAAUUUCUCUGGCACUUUAAACAUAUGUCUUCACGUACUCUCUCUAUCUCGUUUUCAUAAACAACUGAAAAGUAUACUCUCCAGUAUUACCAAUCUAACUCUUCUGGCUCCGAAUGACUUAAGUGUCAAAAUAAUCAGUGUGUUUGCGUCCAUGGGGGACUGGUUCUCUCUCUGUUUGAGUAUUAAAAAAGAAAACCUUAGUGUCCCGAGAAAGGAGCCACCAGGAUCUCCCAAGCCAAGCUUGAAGCAAUGAUUUCUGGCUCUGCGUUUGACACUGGAAAGAAACUGUACCUGUAAGAAACACUGGCGCUUGAGUUAAAUGUAUUAAGCGGUUUUAAAAGAUGGACCAGCAGAACUUACACUGUCCCGUCCACUCCCUCCCCCCUUUGCUCCCCUUUGCAGUUUGACAGUGUCUGUGUUUGUAUGUGACAUACACCUUACAGUCUUCGAUGGUUUGAUACCCAUGAUUUACUUUGAAUAUUACGAAACAAAUGACCACAAUAAGGAGAAAAAAACCACAGCAACAUGCAAGAUGGGGAUUUUAUGCUUUCAUAGAUACUAUUAUGUGGAUUUAUAAUGAAAUAAAAAGGUAUUUUUCUUGGAAAAAAGUC